AUGGAAGAUCUAGGAAAAUUAGAAAAAAAAAAUAAAAAUAUUAUUUUAAACUUUGACAAAAAUGAACAAGAUAAAUUAAAUUUAAACAAUAACAACACUGAUGAAAAAAAUAUAAAAACUAAUAUAAUGAAUAAUAAAAAUAUAAUAAGUAAAAAGAGUUUUUUACUAAACACAUUAACAUCUAAAGAAAAUAAAAAAAAUGAACCUAAUAUAGAUAAUUUAGGUUAUGAUAUAGAAAAAAAAAGUGUAUUAAAAGAUUUAAGCGUAAAUAGAAAUGAUGAUAAAGUAAAAAAAAAAAAUAGUAAUCUAAAAAAUAUAAAUUUUACAAAUGAAAUUAAAAGUAGCGAAUUUAAAAACAGAAUGAGAAAAAUGGAUCAUAUUGAUAAUAUAUAUAAAAAGGAGGAUUUAUCAAAAAAUAAAACUGCUUCAAACAAAAAUAAAAAAAAUUAUUUAAGUGUUGAGAAUAGUUCUAUUAACUGUUCUACUAGUAAUUUAAAUACAGAUUGUAAUUCCGAUUUUUCAAAUAUUGAAGUUAAAAUAUUAUCAAAUGAAGAAGCAAAUGGAAAAGAAAUGGCGGAAAAGAAUCUUGAAAAAAUAAAAAGAAAAAAAAAAAAUCAAAAAGGAAAUGAAGAUAAUCAAAUUUUGAAUAGUAUAAAGGAAGAGAAACUACAUGAAACAAAUGUUAAAUAUGUAGAUCAAAAAUUUCGAAAUUCUAUGAAUAAAGAUAAAGAAAAAAAAGAAUAUAUAUUUUCUAAAUCAACAAUGUCAACACAGGUUAACGAAAAUAUUGAAGAAAAAAAGUUAAAUAAUAUGAAAACUAAUGGAAAUAAAGAAAAUACAUUGUUGUGUGAUAUUAAAUGUGACAAUUCUUAUUAUGAUGAUACAGCAAGAUUGAAUAAGUUAAAAAAUAAUAAAAAUAAAAGUAAUAUUUUAUAUCCAUCAAGUAAAUCAUAUGGAAAUAUAAAAUCAUCAAGUAGUAAUAUAAAAAUAAACAAUGAAAAAAAUAUAAAAACUAAAAAAAGAAUAAAAAUGGGAUUUAAAAAAUUUUUUCAAGAAAUUUGGAAGAGAAAUAUAACUAUAAAAAAAGAAAUAUAUUCUGGUAAUAAUAAAAAUAGUUCAUGUAAAGCUAAUUUUGGUGAUACUAAUUUAAAUCAUUCCAACGAAAGGGAGUUAAUGACACAAGUACCCUUGAAAUUUAAAGAUAAAUCAAUAGAAACUUUAUAUGUUUUAAAUUUAAACAAUUGGAUAUCUUCAAGAAUGAUAAUAAUAGGAUUGAUUAUGUUAAUUCUUUGCUUUAUUUUGUGGCCUUUAUCUAUAUGGUCUUUUAAAACUACAAAUGCAUGGCAAAAAGAUAAUUAUAUUGUUAUAUUAUUUCAUUUUUUAAUGAUUUUAAAUAUCUUAAUAUUAACAUCUUUUAUAAUAAUUGGAUCAACUAAAUUAAGUAAGUAUUCAGAAGUUAUGUCAUAUAUAUUGUUUGGUAUUAUGGUUGGUAUAUGGGGAUUAUGGAAUAUAGCUAGCAGUGCAACUGUGAAUGAUGAUUUUUCAUUAAAAUUAAUACCUGCCUUAUCAUCAGCUAUUGAAACUGUUUAUGCAUUGACUUAUAUUUAUGGUGUUCUACCACUUGUAAUAAUGGAUGUAUUUUUUCCAUCAAGAACUAAAUAUAAUUGGCCUAUCCAUUUAGUCUUUAUAUUUUUAAAUUCAGCUAGCGUAAUUAUAGUUGGCAUAAUGAAUCCCGAAUUUGUUCCUGGUGUAUACGUAGUUUUUCGAAUUAUCGCAUAUACUACUUUAUGCAUAUUUUUAUAUAUAGGAUGUUAUACUUCGGAGUUACAAACCCGUUAUGUUUUUUAUAAUUUAUUGAUAACUGGAUAUAAAUUAGAUAAAGUAGAAUCAGACUUGCAUAAAUAUAAUAAUGAUACUAAAAUUUCUACUGCUGUUGAAGAUUUAGUUCUAAUGAUAAAAGAGUGCACUAAAGUUAUUUUGGAAUUGGAAAAUGAUAUUGAUAUAAAAUUAAGUGCUCAUAGUAAAAUGUUUUAUUGUUCUAAUAUACUGGAACAAUGUUUAUCAACUUUAACAAAAACUGAUAAUCUUUAUAAUAUUGAUUAUGAUGUUUUCGAUAAUUUUGAAAAUAAAAAAUUUAUAGAAGCAUAUGUGAGUAAGAGUAAAAGCAAUUUUUUUUGUGAUAAUGAAAAAAGUGUUGACUUUAAAUUAAAUAAAUCUUUUUCUAAUAACGAUUGUAUAUGUGCUCAUAAAGUAGAUAUAGAUAAAAAAGAAAUUAAAAAAUUUUUAAAAGAAAUUGAUAUUUCUCAUAUAAGAAAAAUGAUUCAAGUGAUUGACAACAAAACUUUGUCUGCAUGGGAUUUCAAUUGCUUAAAUUAUUUCAAUAAAUCAACGUAUCCAUUUUUUGAUAUUAAUCUUUCUUUAAUUUAUACAAUUGAUCAUGAUAUUCCAAUAAAUUUGAUUAUAAAUUUUUUAUCAUUUGUUGAAAAACAAUACAAUAAUGUUCCAUAUCAUAAUACUGUACAUGCUACCAUGGUAACACAGAAAUUUUUUUGCUUAAGUAAAAAAUUAGGUAUCUAUGAGCACAUGGAAUAUAAAAUAAAACUAGUUAUGUUCAUAUCAGGAAUUUGUCAUGAUAUUGGUCAUCCUGGUUAUAAUAAUUUAUUCUUUGUUAAUAGUUUACACCCGUUAAGCAUUAUUUAUAAUGACAUCAGCGUUUUAGAAAAUUAUCAUGCAUCGAUAACUUUUAAAAUUUUACAAUUAAAUCAAUGCAACAUUUUAAAAUCCUUUUCAGAAAAAGAUUUUAGAAUAAUACGAUCAUAUAUUAUUGAAUUAAUUUUAAGCACUGAUAUGAAACAUCAUUUUGAAAUAAUUUCAAAAUUUAGAGUAAGAAGAGAGAAUGAAGAUUUUGAUUAUAUAAAAAAUAAUGAUGAUAUGUUAGUAGUGAUAAAAAUGAUUAUAAAAAGUGCAGAUAUAUCUCAUGGAUCAGUUAAAUGGAGUGAACAUUAUAAGUGGUGUCAGAGGGUUUUAUGUGAAUUUUAUUCUCAAGGAGAUGAAGAAUUAAAAAACAAAAUGCCUGUGUCACCUUUAUGUGAUAGAACGAAACAUAAUGAAGUUUGCAAAUCUCAAAUAACAUUUUUAAAAUUUGUUGUUAUGCCAUUGUUUGAAGAAUUAAAAUAUAUAGAUAGCAACAAAUUUAUAAAAAAUUUUUGCUUAAAAAGGUUAAAUAGCAAUUGCUUAAUGUGGGAUAAACUAAUGAAAGAAGAAAAAAAAAUUGAUGUUUAUGAUCCAAAGUGUUUAAAAAAAAGAGACAAGAAUAAAAAAAAAUUUGAUAAAAAAAAAAAAAGUUAUAUUGAUUUAACUUUAUUUUUUAUAAAGAAUAUCUCUGAUUAA